AUGGGCUGGCAGGUCCUGGUGAAGAGGAAAGAAGGCGAAUGGCCCACGAAAAACGCCGGAGUUCGAGGCCUCCUGGCACCUACAUGUCUCAGUGUCUCCGUCCUCACCGUACCUGAGAAGGUCUGCACGGUGGCCGGAAUCGCCUGGAGGACAUGGGCUCCUGGGGACUGCACGGCCGCACUUCGCUCGACCCGAGAGCCGAGCGGCUCGCGCAGAUUGACGACCUUCGACCACUUGCACAUGGUGGGGGAGGCCCGGCCCACCCGUCGGGACGGUCGGCGCUUGAACGCCACCAACGACACGGCCUGCCUCGUGGAAGCGCCCUUUGUCGAGCUGCCGAGUCGAAAGGAGAUGGACUUCGACGCAGCGGCUGUUCUCGGCGGUGUGGGCUUUGGAGUGGCGUCCAUGGCGGCACUCUUCGGUGUACAUAAGAUCUUGCUAUGCCUCAGAGCUCGAGGAGACGGGGAUGUGGCACGUGGACUUCAAUCGCUCUGGCAGCGCAAGAGGGGCACUCUCAGCCCAGCGGAGAAGGAGUGA